AUGGGCAUUUGGGUGUCGUUCACACAUGUUCGAGGCAUUUCAACCACUUUGGCAAACCUCCCAAAGAGACACCAAACGGACAUCUAUCGUCGUGACAACCUCAGCCUCACUGGCACUUCGUUGGUUUGCUACCCCAUGAAGUAUGGCGCCCUCAGAAAGGGAAAGGAGCGCGACGAGCUCCAGGUGCUUGUCGGUUACGAGGCCAGAAGCGAGGAUCUUACCAAGGUUGACAGCGACCUUCCGCCGAUGAUUGUGCGUUCCGAGUUCCCCUUGACCGAGGCGGACUGGAUAAAGUUUGCCGAGCAUCUUCCGGAAUAUCUGCACGAGGAGCGCGAGUCCUUUGCCGAUUACUUUCUGUUCCAGUUUCGCUGA